AUGAGGUCUAGGACUACGUUGGGUCGAUCGGCUUGCAGAACGCCACACGCGGUAGUAGGCCCUAGUGGCGAACUAGCUAUUAAUGUUAGCGGCAAAGGGCUUAACUUCAAUUUGCUUGAGGGUGUAACUGAAGAUACGCCCCUACUUAGUAAGACGGAAAUCGACUAUUAUGUUGAUAGCUUUACUAAGCUAAACUGGGAGGAUGAGCUGGCACUGGUGCUGGGCAAUGGCACCUAUACCUGCAGGUUCUUGCAGCCUGCCCUCUUUAUUGCUGCAACCUUGGACCUGACGCUCCCCCUAUCUCUAUCGACGGGUAUGGAAACGUACUUUGACAAUUUGAGUCGGAGAGAGGUGAACGGCUUGCAUUGGAUGAGGUGGGAAAAGCCUGCUGAGGUUGAAACCUACGUCGGAAAUUGGUUGACUAGCUCCGUCUUGGGAAACUCGUUCCUUGACUUGAACCUUACAACCGGACUUGGGCUAACAGCGCUCUGA